CUGGCUGAAGCAGAAGCGCAGGAGGAGCAACAAGAACACGACAUUAUUUAUUCGCGGAUACGCGUAACUUAGUUGCAGUUUUCAGAUCAAAUCGUAUCGUUUGCAAAAUGAAAUGCGCUAAAUGCAUUUAUUGAAUGAGCACGCUCCAGUAUAUUAAUUUAACCGCAGUCUGCGCGGUCCGAAUCAGCGACAGCGACCGACCUUCAAAUUAAAAAUUAUACAUACCCUAAUGCACAUACUGUGGUGCGCGUGUGUGGGUGCAUGUAAAGGAAAAAGGAAAAGUGUUUUACCUGAUUCGCUGCUCUAAUCAAUUAAAAUAAUUCGCCGUAAAUUUGAAACUGACGGUCAGAAGCUGGACAUUGUUGUUGUAGGCUGUAAGUGGCAGUCGUGGGUGUAAAAAGCCGAGCAGCUUCUAAAAAGCGCAGCAGCAACAACAGAAACACCAACAAAAUACCGAGAAAAGUCGUGUUCACGGUCAUGGUCAAGCGGGUGGUGUAAGUGUAGGUGGAAGGCGUUGGUGUAGAGAGUAGUGGUGGGUAGAGAGGCGGAGGUAAAGUUGUGCGUGAGCGAGCUGCGAAAAUGUCAAGCGAAUCAUCGGGCUCAGAGAGCGAGCUCUACGACCCCCUAGCCGAGGAGCUCCACAACGUUCAGCUGGUCAAGCAUGUGACCCGUGAGAAUAUCGAUGCGCUCAAUGCCAAGUUUGCGAAUCUGCAGGAGCCACCAGCGAUGUACUUAACAGAAUACCAGGAGCUGACCUCCAAACUGCACGAGUUGGAGGCUAAAGAGCAUGAGCUGAUGGAGCAAUUAAAUGCCCAACAACAGGAGGAGGAAUGUCAAAGCCAGAGCGAACAACAACUUACAGCUGAGAGCCUCCAACAGCCGCAUUAUCAGAAUCAAACGCAAAUAUUUCAACAACAACGUCAACGGGCCCAUUUCCCAUGGCGUCAUGGCAGUGAUUUGACGGACAGCUUUGUCUCCUCCGGCACGGCCAGCUGUGUCUCCUCCGGCACGGCCAGCUUUGUCUCCUCCGGCACGGCCAGCUUUGUCUCCUCCGGCACGGCCAGCUUUGUCUCCUCCGGCACGGCCAGCCAAUGCGGCACAUUGACGCGUCAGCCAAAAAUUCUGCUGCGCGCCCAUUUACCCAACCAGCAACGCACCUCAGUGGAGGUGGUGCCGGGCGUGCGUCUCUGCGAUGCUCUGAGGAAGGCUCUGAAGCUGCGGCAACUGACACCUGACAUGUGCGAAGUUAGCACCUCGAAUAGCAGCGAACAUAUCAUCAUACCCUGGAACACGGACAUUGGCACGCUCCAUGUGGAGGAGAUCUAUGUGAGGCUGCUGGAUAAGUUCCCCAUACGCACCCACAUCAAGCAUCAGUUCAUACGCAAGACAUUCUUCUCGCUCGUUUUCUGCGAGGGCUGUCGACGGCUCCUCUUCAAUGGUUUCUACUGCAGCCAAUGUAACUUCCGAUUCCAUCAGCGCUGUGCCUACCGAGUCCCUAUGCUCUGCCAGCCCUUCUCCAUGGACAGUUACUAUCAAACUCUUCUGGCCGGGAAAUCCAAUGAUGGUGGAGAAUUUCCAGGACGUGGCGCAGCUGUGCGGUUUAAUGGUCGUCCACCACGCAUUAGUCAAGACGAUCGUUCCAAUUCGGCACCCAAUGUGUGCAUUAAUCACACACGUUCCGUUCCCACAGAGACGCAGCGCAACCUCAUGCAGGCUAGGCCGCCGUUGCCGCAUCCGGGCACUGAUCACUCCAACUCUACACAGGCCUCGCCCACGAGUACUUUGAAGCACAAUCGACCGCGCGCACGUUCCGCCGAUGAGAGCAACAAGAAUUUACUUUCUUCGCGCGACAACAAGAGCUCGGAGGAGAACUGGAACAUCCAAGCGGAGGAGAUUUUGAUUGGCCCGCGCAUUGGUUCCGGCUCCUUUGGUACAGUCUAUCGGGCGCAUUGGCAUGGACCCGUGGCUGUGAAGACACUGAAUGUGAAGACACCCAGUCCCGCCCAACUGCAGGCCUUCAAGAACGAGGUGGCGAUGCUGAAGAAGACGCGGCACUGCAACAUUUUGCUCUUCAUGGGCUGCGUCUCGAAGCCCUCACUGGCCAUUGUGACGCAAUGGUGCGAGGGCAGCAGCCUCUACAAGCAUGUCCAUGUCAGCGAGACAAAAUUCAAGCUGAACACGCUCAUUGACAUCGGCAGGCAGGUGGCGCAGGGCAUGGACUACUUGCAUGCCAAGAAUAUUAUACACAGAGACCUCAAGUCCAACAAUAUUUUCCUGCACGAGGAUCUGUCGGUUAAGAUUGGCGAUUUCGGUCUGGCCACCGCGAAGACGCGCUGGUCCGGUGAGAAGCAAGCGAACCAACCCACUGGCAGCAUUCUGUGGAUGGCACCCGAGGUGAUACGCAUGCAGGAGCUAAAUCCGUAUUCGUUCCAAUCGGAUGUCUAUGCAUUUGGCAUUGUCAUGUAUGAGCUGCUGGCCGAGUGCCUGCCCUAUUGUCUCAUUAGCAACAAGGAUCAAAUACUGUUUAUGGUCGGGCGAGGAUUGCUGCGUCCCGAUAUGACGCAGGUCCGUUCGGAUGCGCCGCAGGCUCUCAAACGUCUGGCCGAGGAUUGCAUCAAAUAUAAUCCUAAGGAGCGUCCUCUGUUUCGGCCGCUGCUCAACAUGCUGGAAAAUAUGCUCCGCACCCUGCCUAAAAUCCAUCGCAGUGCCAGCGAACCAAACUUAACCCAAUCCCAGCUCCAGAACGACGAUUUCCUCUAUAUGUGUCCCAGUCCCAAGACACCGGUGAAUUUUAAUAAUUUCCAGUUCUACAAUAGUGCUGGGAAUAUUUAAACGAGCAGUGAACGCCGGAGAACAAUAUGCUGCUGUACCUGUACUUACUACACACACAAACACACACACACAAACAAGCAAACACACACACUCACAUACAUAUGUCGCAAGCCUGGCAUGAAGGAGAAUGGAAACUAGGAGGCACAGAGAUGCUUUUUUAAUUCUUGUUAAGCAGCAAUAAGUUAAUGUUUAAUGUACACGCAUUCACACACACACACACACACACGAAUCAGCGAAAGAGAACGCUAAUAGGUGUGAGCAAGAGGGAAAAUGGAUUGUUGUGGAAGGCAUGCGCCUCUAAAUAUGUGUGAGUACACAAAUUUCUUGUUCUCGUUGUAAUGUGUGACGCUGUCCUUCGAACUGACCUCAGCUUCAGCACCUGCUGCUGCUCUUUAUUAUAAUAAAAAAAAAAUAUAUAUGUGUAUGCAUAUACAUCAUAUAUAAAUAUCGAACACAAAGGCUAUAAACUGAAGCAACUUCGAUGAGCAUUUCUGUUAUAUGUGCAAAAACUAAUGUAAGCUAAACCUACAUACAUACAAACGCGCAUAUGUACAUACGUAUAUUUAUGUUAGACAACUAACUA